UUUUAAAGGCAUAACCGGAAGUUGUGUAUCAGCUGAUCAGUGAGCCGCACUGUUUCGUCAUUCAUACGCGACAGUUUGCACACGUGAGGCGUAACUGUAACAGACGUUCAUCGAAAGUCUCAAAAGAUGGAGAGAAGAGAGGACGAGGAGGAGGAGAAGGCGAUUGCUCAGAGAGAAGAUGAUGAAGACGACGAGGAAAAGCGAGAGGAUGGCGAUGAGGAAGAGGAGGAGGGAGCUGCUGCAGACAGAAGAGAGGAUGAGGAUGAGGAUGCUGGCGACAAAGAUGCUACUGGGAUUAAAGAGAAGAAGAAGACAAAGAUUACCUCUCAGGAUAGGAAGUACGUCCCAGGGAUCAUCUACCUGGGUCACAUUCCCCCGAGGUUCCGCCCCAAACACCUGAGGAACCUGCUGUCCGUGUACGGAGAGAUCGGACGCAUAUUUCUGCAGCCUGAAGACAGACAAGUGAGGAAACGCAAGAAGAAGGCCGGGCUGCGGAGGUGUGAUUUCACAGAAGGAUGGGUGGAGUUCAGAGAUAAACGAGUGGCGAAGAAGGUGGCGGCGUCUCUUCACAACACCCCGAUGGGAACCAGGAAACGCCAGCGCUUUUCCUCCGACCUGUGGUGCAUGAAGUACCUGCACAGGUUCCAGUGGAUUCACCUGAGUGAGCGACUGGCCUACGAGCAGACGGUCCUAAACCAGAGACUCAGGACUGAAGUUUCUCAGGCGAAGAGAGAAACAAACUUUUACCUGAACAACGUGGAGAAGAGCGCUCACCUGGACAAGCUCAGAAAGAAGAGGCAGAGAGACGGAGAGCAGGCGGACGAAAAGACGUGGGACUUCACUCAGCAUCAGACAGAGGAGGAGAUCCAGAUGAAGAAGAAGAAGAAAGACUCCGUUUCCCGGAAACACCUGGACAAGGCCCGCCUCAUGGAGCAGCAGAGCCAAUCAAACGUCUCGCUUCUGGCCAAGAUUUUCAACUCCAACCCAUCACAAUGACACUUCAGUAACUGUUUAAUGACACUGUUUCCAUAGAAAUGGUAGAUUCCUUUCCCCAGCCAAUCGCCAGUUUGGACAAGGGAGGGGGGCGGAGCAAUCAAGACUUCUGUAAGAAUGAGGCAACAGCAAAGGGAGGUGGAUCAGAGCCAAUAUGGAGGAGCCAUUGCACUUCCUUUGCAGCUCAUUGUAUAGAAGUUUGCUAUAAUUAAGUUGCAGGUACAGAAGAGAGCGCCCAAUGAACAAGAGGAAAUGGAGCCAAAUGGCUAAAAUGUUUAAUUACACCUGCUUCUAAACAGAAACAUUUAUUUUGUUGUAAAUACAGUAUCACAAACACGUCUGAAUUUAGUAAAAAAAAAAAAAAAAGAGCCCUCACUCUUCAGUUUUUCAUAACGUGAAGUUGAAUUGGGUGUCAGGGCAGCUCAGUGGGUGAGCAGGCGACUGUGAGCGCUGUGUGGCUGUGAUACAGGCGGCCUGGGUCCUCAUCUGACCCGUUCUCUGAUACUCACGCCAUGAUGAAAUCAAAGUGGCAGGUUCUGUGAAGUGGCUCGUGGUGCCGUCUCUACCUGCAGUCAGAGCUUCACAGGGCCCCAUAUAUUCCAGACAGCCCUAUGAGUGCCCCCCCCUCUGAAACUGGAGUGUGACCCGUGGAUUAUAUUAAAAGAUUUCUGGAGAGACACGAUGAGCUUGUCUUCUUUUUUUUCUUUGCUUAUGCUUUUAUGUUAAUAAAGAUAAUUUACCU